AUGCAACUAUUCGCCCUUCCAGUGGCCAUCCUUUGGGCGAUCCUCUCCGAAACUUCCACCGCGACACAUUUCGAUACAUUUUCUCAAAAAACAGCCGCGAGAACAUCAUCCGUAGCCGAUGAUUAUAAGGAAGCAUGUCCGGAUUACGUGAAAUAUUCUACAUAUCCCCACCGCCCGCUCAGCGAAGGUGCUAUGCAGCUUCCGUUUCAACGGCCUUCUACACAAUGUCGGACAUUUACAUCCCCACACGUCGAAAAGAUAAUUAGUGAUAUUACUUCUAAAAUGGUUGAUAAGGACCUUGCCAGGCUCUUUGAGAAUGCCUUUCCCAACACGCUGGAUACAACUGUUAGGUGGCAUGUUGAUUGGACCGACAAGCUAAAACACAAUGAGAUCAAAGCCUGGCAUAAGACGAAAGGCGACGGAGCUUGGGAAGGCCCUCAAAGCUUCAUUGUGACGGGGGAUAUCAAUGCUGAAUGGCUGCGAGAUUCCACCAAUCAAUUACUCCAAUACCAACCUUUGGCCCUGAAGGACCGAAAGAUAUUCAAUUUGAUACUUGGGGCUAUCAACACGCAAGCAGAAUAUGUUAUUCAGUCGCCUUAUUGUAAUGCAUUUCAGCCACCACCACCGAGCAAGUUGGCGGCAACCCAGAAUGGCCAAGAUGAUGCUGUCCACCCCGCAUUUGAACCUGGGGUUGUUUUCGAGUGCAAGUAUGAGCUAGACUCCCUGGCACAUUUCUUAGCGCUGUCAAACACCUUUCACAAAUUUACUCAGUCGACGGACUUCUUAACUCCUCGAUGGUAUGAGGCUUUAGAUGCGCUCAUGGGAGUCAUUGAGGAGCAGUCUCAAUCCACCUUUAAUCCGACCUCGGGUCAGUUCGAGGCAAACAAGUAUCGAUUCUCUCGAAAAACCACCCAAGGAACGGAGACCUUACCUCUGUCUGGCCAAGGAAACCCUCUUAACCAUGGCACGGGUCUAGUCAGGUCUGCAUUCCGCCCCUCUGAUGAUGCUACGAUUCUAGGCUUCUAUAUUCCCGCGAAUGCGAUGAUGGCUGUCGAGCUGAAACGCACAGCAGCUAUUUUACGCAAAGCGGGGAAAGGGCGUCAAGCACAGGUUAUUGAAAACCGUGGACAGGCUAUUGAGGAUGGGGUUUGGGAACACGGUGUUGUGACGCAUAAAAAGUACGGCGAGGUUUUUGCCUACGAGGUUGACGGAUAUGGAUCCCAGAUCAUAAUGGAUGAUGCCAAUGUGCCGUCUCUUCUCGCACUGCCCAUACUAGGCUUUGUAGACGUCACGAAUACGGUAUAUCAAAACACACGUAAGAUGCUGCUCGAGAAGUCCGGAAACCCAUACUAUCUGGAAGGGAGAGCAUUUAACGGCAUUGGCGGACCGCAUAUUGGCUUGGAGAAUGCCUGGCCGAUGAGUUUGUUGUUGCAGGUAAUGACAACGGAUAACGAUGAGGAGAUCAAAGAAUCUUUGGCGUUGGUCCUCAAAGCGAGCAGACUUGGUUUAGUUCACGAGAGCAUACACGUCAAUCGCAUCCGAGACUACACAAGAAGUUGGUUUGCUUGGGCAAAUAGCGUAUUCGCGCAGACAAUUAUAGAUUUAGCGGAGAGGAAACCAGAGCUGAUUUUUGGUCCCGGAGCGCAGCCAUAUACGGUGAACUAA